AUGGCCGAAAAGAUAGAUAAGCUUCCUACAGCAACAACAUCUUCACCCGAUAUUUCUGGGGGUGAAAUCGGACUCGAGUCAACACUUCCCCAACAUGGAAAGGUGCAUUAUGUUGAUCGUGGUCAAAAUGGUGGUCUCGCGACACAUGAGGCAGAACUCAUUCCAGGUUACGAUGCCGAUCUGAUGAGUGCGAGAGCUACUUUGAGUAGCGCCGAAGAGAAAAAGCUUUUGAGAAGAAUCGAUUGGCACCUCAUCCCUCUGUUGGCUGUGAUGUACAUGCUCAAGAGUAUCGAUUUUACCAAUGUCUCUUAUGCCAGAACCAUGGACAAAGGCACACCUUACAACAUUAUGACAGAGCUCAAAAUGACAUCUAAUCAGUAUAAUCUCGUGACAACUUUGUAUUAUAUCCCCUACAUUAUUGCCGAAGCACCAUCCAACCUUCUUUUAAAAGGUGUGCGACCGUCAGUAUGGCAGGCUCGAAUCAUGGUUUCCUGGGGUAUCGUCCUUUGCUGUCACGCCGCUGUAACAAAUCGACAAGGUUUAUACGCUGUCCGAUUCUUCCUCGGCCUUUUUGAGGCUGGCCUCUGGCCAGGUAUGCUGGUGCACCUAUGCUACUGGUAUAGACCAGAUGAGAUUGCGCCACGAAUCGUGCUUGUGACUCUCUUGGGUUGUUUCAGCUCGGUCAUCAGUGGAGUUCUCGCUUUCGCGUUUAAUGGCGUUGUCGCAGGCGGUUUAUCGGGAUGGAAGUGGCUCAUAUUGACAGAAGGCGUCUUUACAGUUUUGCUUGGAUUUUUUACAUAUUUCUUUUUGCCAGAUUUCCCGUCUACUGUUUCGUGGCUCUCCGAGAGAGAGAAGGCAUUCAUCCAAGCACGUCUUCCGAGCAACUCUCCACGAGCAGCAGAAGCAAAUUUCAACUUACCGGAGCUCAUUACAACUUUGAAAAACAAGCGAAUCUGGCUGUUCCUCCUUUGCUGGGCCUUUUUCACCAUCGGCACUACUGGUCUCACCUUCUACCAGCCAACCGUCAUUGCCAACCUCGGGUUUACUUCAAUCGGCGAAGCCCUGCUUUUGAACAUCCCAUCAGCUGUAUUCGCAGUGAUCUUGACGAUCACUUUCGGAAUAUUCGCAGACACCGGACGCAUCCCCCAGCCAGCCAUUCCACUCUUUUUCAUGAUUGUCAUCCAGGCCUGCUAUGGAGUUCUUUAUGCUUUCCCCAACAAUGGUGGUGUUUACGCUGCCACGAUCAUAGCCGGUGGAUUUUCAACUGCAUGGUACACCAUGAUGUGGCCAUGGCGAGUUCAAACUACCGAGGGCGCAACUGGCUCGGCAUUUGCAAUUGCCUUUGCAAAUAGCUACGGUCAAAUUGGAGGAGCAGUCGGAUCACAACUGUUCAAUUCUCGCUACGCACCGCAUUACACUACUUCCUUCGGAAUUGCGAUGGGAUUUAUUGGCAUGGCUAUAGUCAUGAACGUUAUUACUUGGGGGUUUACCUGGAGGGUCGAUGUUGAUACUAGGAAGCUGAAGAGGAUCAGGAUUGCAGCGGCUAAGCAAAACCAAGCCGUUCUAGAUGAUGUCGAUAUUCAUGCCGGAGAGAAGAAAAGGCAGUGA